UGAUCCAUCAUUAUUCUGAUAGAAAGUCUGGCAUGGUUUGCUUGGAGAAGCUAGAAGCGGUUGGAAACCGUUGGAUCAGUUGCUUUCAUAUACAAUGCUACAUUGAUUAAAAACAACUAUUCUGCAAAAGCAAAUCGAAUUCCUUGAAUAACUAGAUUGCCAUUAUUCCUCUUGAAUUCUAAUAUGUUUGGAGAUUUUGAUUCUCCUAAACUAAACUUUUACAAGAUGGUUUGGUUUUUGUUUCUGUUAAUGGUAAGCGCGUCUGGUGCAAACCUGGAUUUUCAGGCACUGCUAGAAUUCAGAAGUGGCCUGGAAAUGUCAGAGGCAAUUGCAGAUUGGAAUAUGCUUUCUUCACAUUGUGAAUGGAAGGGAGUAAAAUGCAAGGGAAGCGAUGUGGUAUCUCUUAAUCUUUCCAAAUCGGGUUUACAGGGGAAGAUAUCCCCACAUCUUGAAUUUAUUCAGGGGUUAGAGACUUUGAAUCUCUCAAACAACCUGCUAAAUGGUAAGAUUCCCUCUCAGAUAUGGAACCUUAAAAAUCUGAAGGUGUUGGAUCUCAGUGGGAACCAGUUAUCAGGGACUAUUGAUUCUAAUGUAAAGGAGCUUACGAACCUGGAAGUACUAGUUUUGGGCAGAAAUCGUUUUAGUGGCACAAUAAUUCCCGAGUUGGAUUCUCUGACACGUCUGAAAGUCCUAGAUUUGAGCUAUAAUUUCUUCACAGGAAAAAUCCCUAUUGAGCUCGCAAAUAUGUUGGCCUUGGAAUCCCUAAAGCUCGGAGGGAACAAAUUGAUAGGUCCAAUACCGCCUCAGUUUGGUAAUCUGACAAAACUCUCAAUGCUUGAUGUUAGCCAAGGGUCACUGUCCGGAGAUCUCCCUCCUGAGAUUGCUAAGCUCACAAAUUUGAAAUAUUUGAGGAUAAAUAAUAACUCUCUGUCAGGAAGGAUUCCUCCAGAGAUUGGAGGUAUGGUGAAGUUGAUAGACCUCAGCUUGGGAUUCAACAACAUAUGUGGUCCCUUGCCAUCAGAAAUAGGCAAUCUUGUAAAUCUGGUAAAUCUUUACUCACCUUCUUGUUUGCUUCAAGGACCCAUCCCUGAAGAAAUUGGAAAGUUGAGAAGUCUAGAAACACUGGACCUAUCAUACAAUUCUCUAUCUCGUUCCAUCCCAAAAUCCAUCGGUAAACUCCAAAAUCUCACAUUUUUGGGCCUUGCAAAUGCUGAACUGAAUGGCUCAAUUCCUGCAGAGCUUGGUCGAUGUAAAAAACUAGUUUCAAUUGGUUUAUCAUACAAUUCUCUCACAGGUUCUCUUCCUGAUACUCUUGCAGAUCUAAGCUCUGUUGUUACAUUUUCUGCAGAAAUGAAUAAAUUAAGUGGGUGUCUACCAUCUUGGCUGGGAACAUGGACGAAAGCACAGAAAAUCCUGCUUUCUUCAAAUCAAUUUAUGGGGUAUAUUCCUCCGGAGCUUGGGAAUUGCUCUUCAAUAACCCAAUUGGAACUUUCCAACAAUCAAUUGACAGGGUACAUUCCUUCAGAGCUUUGCAAUGCAAAGAUGCUUACGGUGAUUAAUUUGGAGGUCAAUAUGUUUCAGGGGACUAUUGACAGCACAUUUAUCAACUGCAGAAAUUUGACAAGUUUGAGCUUGACACGAAAUCAGAUUAGAGGGAGAAUUCCUGGAUACUUUGGGAAGCUUUUUUUCAAGGUUGUAAACCUGGAUUACAACAAUUUCAGUGGUACAAUACCUGAUGAGAUAUGGAAUUCAACAACCCUCGUGGAAUUUACUGCUGGGUACAACUUCCUUCAAGGCUAUCUCCCUCCUCAAGUGGGUAAUUCCAUGACAUUGAAACAUUUGCUUCUUGACGGGAAUAUGUUGGAAGGACAACUACCAAAAGAAAUUGGAAAAUUGACAAGCUUGUCAAUACUUUCUUUGAAUAGUAAUAGUUUGGAUGGUCAGAUUCCCUCUGAGUUAUUUGAGUGCAGUGGUUUAUCUACUCUGAACCUGGGAUCCAAUCAUCUAAGCGGAUCAAUCCCCAAGGAUAUAGGAAAACUAUUGCAACUGGAGAGUUUAGUACUUUCUCAUAAUUAUCUCUCAGGCCCCAUUCCAGUCGAAAUUUCGCUGGGGUUUAAGCAGCACACAGUCCCAUCUAGCAGCUACCUACAACACCGAGGAAUGUUUGAUCUGUCUUGGAAUCAACUUUCAGGGCCCAUACCAGAAGAGCUGGGCAACUGCACUGUUAUAGUAGAGUUGUUGCUUAAUAACAAUCAACUUUCGGGAAGAAUACCCAGCUCCCUCGGUGGUCUUACAAACCUAAUGAAACUGGAUUUGUCUUAUAAUAACUUGGAAGGUGAACUACCAGUGGAGUUUAGAUUAUGCAAAAAGAUUCAAGGCAUGGCCUUAGGCAAUAAUCAACUCACUGGCACGAUUCCUCAGGAGCUUGGAGAGCUGAACAGUUUAGUUAAACUGAAUCUUAGUGGUAACAGACUAUGUGGUCAGAUUCCUGAUACAAUCGGACAGUUGAGUGGUCUUUCUCACUUUGAUGUAAGCAAUAAUGAGUUGUAUGGUGGAUUGCCCCAAUCCCUUGCAAGCUUGAUAGGUAUCGUUGGCUUAUAUGUACAACAAAAUAAGCUCAAUGGCAGCAUUGUUGGAUUGCUCUCACAGAGUACAGUCUGGAAUCAGAUUGAAACAUUGAAUAUGAGCUCAAAUUCAUUUAGCGGACAUAUUCCAAUUUCUCUGUUUAAUCUUCCAUUUCUCACAUAUUUGGAUCUACACAGCAAUGAGUUUACAGGAAACAUAAUUCCAGAGCUUGGUAAUCUGUCAGAGCUUACAUACCUGGAUUUUUCUGACAAUCGCCUCAUGGGAAGGAUCCCACAUGAACUAUGUGAUCUUAUGAAGCUCAGAUUCCUCAAUCUCUCAGACAAUGCACUGGAAGGAGUUAUUCCUGAUAGUAGUGGAUGCAAUAAUCUUAGUGCAUUAUCUUUUCAAAGAAACAAGGCCCUGUGUGGAAACAUCAUUGCCCAAAAUUGCAAGGGCAGGCCUAUUAGGUUGAGAACUGACUCAAUAAUUGGAAUCAUGAUAGGCAUUGUACUUCUUCUGCUUAUAUUUGUAUAUGGUCUAGUCAGACAAGUUAAAUCGUCCCCACAGAAGACAUUGGCUUUGACCGAGGCCACUAAUAAGUUAAGACUGAACCCUGUUAUUCAGUCCGACAAUACCUAUUGGAUGAGCAGCAGCAGCAGGUCAACAGAGCCCCUGAGCAUAAAUGUAGCCACAUUUGAGAGGCCUCUUAUUCGCUUUACACUGGAUGAUAUACUCCACAUCACAAACAAUUUUUCUACGAUCAACAUCAUUGGAGACGGUGGCUUCGGUACAGUUUACAAAGCCACUUUUCCUAAUGGAAGGACAGUGGCUAUAAAAAGACUUGGAAAAGCUACAAUACAGGGUGAGAGAGAAUUUCUAGCAGAAAUGGGAACCUUAGGCAAAAUCAAGCACAAGAAUUUGCUUCCAUUGGUUGGAUAUUGUUCAUGUUCCUUAAGUGAGGAGAAACUUUUAGUCUAUGACUUCAUGGAAAAUGGAAGCCUCGAUAAAUGGAUAAGGAACACAACUGGUGCAGUGGGGGUCCUGGACUGGCCCAAACGUUUCAAAAUUGGUAUGGAUGCAGCAAAUGGCCUUGCGUUCCUUCAUCAUGGCUUAACCCCCCAUAUCAUUCAUAGAGACAUAAAGUGUAGCAACAUACUUCUGGAUGCCAACUUUGAAGCUAAAGUUGCAGACUUCGGCUUGGCUCGCCUUAUCAGUGCUUAUGAAACUCAUGUUACCACAAAUUUAGCUGGAACCCUUGGCUAUAUCCCUCCAGAGUAUGGUCAGUGUUUCAGAUCAACUACCAGAGGUGAUGUGUACAGUUUUGGAGUUAUUCUGAUGGAGUUGUUGACGGGGAAGGAACCCAUUGGAGCCAUUUUUGAAGACACUGAAGAUGGAAAUCUGGUAGGUUGGGUUCACCGAAUGAUUCAGAAAGGGCAAGCAACUGAGACCUUGGAUCCUCUCCUCUCACAUGAACCAUGGAAAGAACAAAUGCUUCAAAUUCUGCACAUGGCCUCUCUAUGUACUCAUGAAGAUCCUACUAAGCGCCCCACCAUGUUGCAGGUUGUGAAGUCUUUUAAUGACAUUGAAAAGUAUAUGUAGAGAUCCAAGCAUCUGCAAGAUGAAUGCGAAGGUCAUACACCAACUACAACAAAUUAAAGAUCAAGUCAUGAAGUUGCAUCUCAAUGAUAGGCUCUGUCAUGGUAAAAUUGUUCUGAAGAACAUGUAACUUAUGGUUCCUCUCAGGGGAAUCUUGGUCAUGCUGGUAUAGGUGGUAUUGAUAGGGAUAGUUUUGGUGGUGUGCAGUUUUGUUUCUCCCUUUAUAAUGGGCUUCACACAAUAAUUUCAUGGAGGCUCUUGCCAUUAGAUGGUAUGAAGAGAGGCCGUGCUCUUGGUUGGAAAAGGAUUAUUUGUGAAUCUGUUUCACAAGUGGUGGUGCAUAUAUUGAAUGACUGGUGAUUGGAUGAUGCUAAUUGACAUUUAGCUAUUGUUAUUAAACAGAUUUUAAAAUGUUGUAACUUUUUCUUGUGAUCAAUAAAUU